CACAGAUUCAAUUCACAGUUCACAGCUUCCCCGGGAAGUAAACAAAAAGGAACUGAGAGAGAGAGAGAUUGCCGGAUCACGCCGCCGCCGCCCCCAUACUACGCCCUUCAUCCGUCGGUGGUGGUGGGCGGCGAAGUCGGAGGAGGAGCAGCGGUAGGUGGGAGGGAAGCGAAGCGAAGCGUGCGAGCAAGCCAGCGCCCCUUUCUCUCAGCGAGAAAAAAAAAACAGCAAUAAUUCGCGGCAACACGCCACGGGACGACGACGCGCGGGACGCGUGCUCGACCCUUGCUCCAGAUCCAGGCGCCACGAACCUACCUCCCUCUCUUCUCCCUCACGCGCGCGCGCCAGGUGUUCGAUGAGUUGCCGCGGCGGGAGGUGAGAGAGAGCGAAGGAGGCGGGCGGAGGUUGUGGGGGGCGGGGAAGGUAGAUCUGGGGAAUCUGGCAGGCGCGGCGGUGGGGCUGCGGGCGCGGGGGAGGGCGGGGGCCUGGGCGGACGGCGGGGAGGAGGGGGAGGGAGAGGGGGACGGGGACUGCAGGCUCAGGCCCUGGCGCCGGAGGCUGCUCGCGUCCAUGGCGCUCUCGUGGCCCUCGGCCAUCCGCCUCGCCGUCGGCGCCGCCCUCCUCGUUGCCGUCGCAGUCGCGCUCUUCACGCUGCCCGUUGAGAAGAUUUUAAAGGAUUUUCUUGUUUGGAUCAAGGAGAACUUGGGUGCAUGGGGUCCUCUUGUACUGGCCAUUGCUUACAUCCCUUUGACGGUCUUAGCUGUUCCAGCCUCAAUACUUACACUUGGAGGUGGUUAUCUGUUUGGCCUGCCUGUUGGGUUUGUUGCUGAUUCGAUUGGAGCCACAAUUGGUGCUACUGCUGCAUUUUUGCUUGGUAGAACGAUUGGAAGGCCUUAUGUUCUUGCCAAAUGCAAAGAUUACCCCAAGUUUCAAGCAGUAGCUAUUGCCAUCCAAAGGUCUGGGUUCAAGAUCGUGUUGCUACUAAGGCUUGUCCCUCUACUACCAUUUAACAUGUUGAACUACCUCUUGUCUGUCACUCCUGUUGGCCUUGGAGAGUACAUGCUGGCUUCUUGGCUUGGGAUGAUGCCAAUUACUCUUGCUUUGGUGUAUGUUGGAACAACACUAAAAGAUCUAUCUGAUGUGACGCACGGUUGGAGUGAGAUCUCAACCACCCGAUGGAUUCUCAUAAUAUCUGGCUUCAUAUUGUCUGUUGUCUUGAUUAUAUGUGUCACAAGAGUUGCAAAGUCUUCUUUGGACAAGGCACUGGCAGAGAAUGGAGAGGUGGAUAUAGGAACCCCGCAACUUCCUGUGGUGGCCUCUCCCUCGGAUCUGCAUCAACCGCUUGUAAUCAAGAUCGACACAUCAAAUGAAGACCACGAGAAGUAAACCUGUUGUUUACAGCUUUACAUGUACAUUCUUUGGCUGUGGAAUCUGUAGCAUUGUACGUCGUUAGUUCUGGUUUGAGGAACACCUGGCGGUUAAAGGGUUUAAAAGGAAGAGAGAGAAAAGAUAAGGAAAUAUGAGAAUGUGGGGUUGACUGAUAGGUAAUACUAUAUACAUUGUUCUUAAAUCUACGUUUUACUUUAAUCUUUGAUGCAAACGCAAUUGUAGUAUUUCUUCUAUUGACACGUACAAGACUCGAAAGCUUCAAUCAUCAAACUGACUAUCGGUUA